AGAGUCUCUGAGCUUUUAAAAUUAAUAUUUAAUAGUAUUUACAAUAGUUUCUGUGUAAAAUUGUUACAUCUGUGUUUGAUAAUACUUACAGUAGUCAAUGUAAUAAUUGAACACACAUUUUGGAACCACCCGCCACAUCACCAAACAACACUAAAUUAAUUUCACUACCAUAAGGCACAAUAUCAAAGUAUACAAGAUGUCACAGCUUUCGGAGAUCUUAACUAUUCAGAAGAGUCUUGAGGAGAACUUCACCAGGAAGAUGGAUGAACUUGGCGCUCAAAUUCAGGCUGCUGGGCCUGCUAAGGAUACUGUGGCUAAGGUUGCAGAAGAGUUCCGGGCAUUUAGAGAGCUCAUCUACAGUGUUCUUGGAUUGCUCAGGAAACAAAUUGCCGAGUGCCUUCUACAUAUUGAUGGUCUGGAGAUGAGGCACCGGAAGAAGGCUCUAAUCUUCCAAGGAGUUCCCGAAGCUGAUACCGAGGACUGCACUGCCACUAUACUGAGCAUAGUUAAUGGCAAACUGGCUCUCAAAAACAUUGCAGUCACAAAUAUAAGAGUGGCACAUCGGCUGGGUAGUCCUAGUAAGGAUCACCCGAGGCCUAUCCUUGUAAGGUUUUCUGGUCUGGAUGUCAGGUCAGCAAUAUGGAAGGCGAAAACUGGCCUGAAGGGGACUAAAAUCUCGGUGAAGGAGUUCUUGACGAAGACCAGGCAGUCCAUCUUCACCAAGGCCAGGCAGCACUUCGGAAUGCGGUCAUGUUGGUCGCAGGACGGUGUGAUUGUCGUCAGGACUUCUGAUGGGACCCGUCAUAGGAUUUCGUCUAUGGAGGAACUGAAACCGCUUCUGGAGAAGUACCCGGCGAAAUCUGAUGCAUCCUCGACCGGUUGACCUGAAACCAUUUCUAUAUUAGGUAUGUGACGACUGGCAUUUCAAUAGUGGCACCGGACAACUGGAUAAUAUGUAACUAUCACCUAAACAUACUCACUUCUUUCUCUAAUUUCUUCACAGUGCAUAUUCAAAUAUUCUUUCCUUUUGCUUAUUUUGAUAUUUUGGUUCAUAUAAUGUAACUCAAUGUCUCUCUUGCUGUUUUAGUUCACGUUUUCUGUUUCAAUCUUAUUUUACCC